AGGAGUUAGCAAAAACCAAAAUACCAUUCAAUCCUUAUCCUAGCAUCUGUUCUUUCCUUGUCUAAUUAAUCUUUACAUGUCCCAUCUUUGAGAUAAAACAAAUAAUCCAUCCUUGGGAACGAAAAUGGUGAAACGUUCAAUCAUUUUCAUCGUUCUACUAGUGAGCGCCGGUGUUUUUCUGCUUGAAUCGCCAGCAGAGGCGCUCACCUGCUUGGAUAUAAUGCCAACCGUGAUGCAGUGUGCAUCUUUCGCCUUAGGCAUGGUGUCUCGGCCAUCCAGCCAAUGCUGCAACGAGCUGAGCCGCCUUCAUGGGAUGGCUAGGACAACAGACGACAGGCGACAAGCGUGCAAUUGCUUGAAGCAAAUUGCUCCUCAGUAUCCAGGUGCCAUGGAUGCUAAUCUUCUAGCACUCCCACAAUUGUGUCGUGUGGCUCUCUCCUUCCCGAUCAGAAGGGACACUGAUUGCAGCAAGAUCACUUAGCUUGUGAAAUCUCUAUGGACAUCCACCCUGUUCAGAGGCCGUUUCCGCAUGCCAAUACAUAAGAAAUAGCUGUAAAAACAAUAAAGCUUCUAUAUGUGUUUUCAAGUCAUUGUGCUUCACACACUGACUUUUUGGAUAUAAAAAUAAAUGGUUUUGUAUUAAAUUUUUCUUUAUCAAGAACAAAUUCUGCCUCCGAUCCAACGUAUGGAAA